AUGAGUGGAUCAGUAUCAAAUAAGCAUGCUGCUGUAUCAUUUAAAUCAACGGCAUCAUCCAAUAUUCGUCAACCACGACAACGUAUGGCACAAAACUAUCUUUUUCUAUUGUUAGAUCCCCACAACGACCAAACAAACGAAGAUUAUGAAAAUGCAUUAAAAAAAAUACGAACUAUUACUAGUGCUGUCAAUGUCUUUACACAACGAGAUGCAUGCAUUGACUUUCUCACGGAUGCUCAAGAAGAAAUCAAUUUUUUUCUCGUAGCUAAGGAUAAUAUGUCUCAACAAAUAAUACCUCUCAUCAAUGAUAUUCCUCAGUUGGAUAGUAUCUAUAUCUUCAACAAUACUGAAACCCUAUGUGACGAAUGGACAAAAAAAUGGCAAAAAAUCAAGAGCGUUCAUAAUAACAUUGAUGACAUAUGUCAAGAAUUACAAGUAGAUGUAAAGCAACACAAUCAAGACUCAAUAGCCAUGAGUUUUAUUACGGUAAAUGAAAUGGCUUCAGCCGAUAAUUUAAAUCAGUUGGAACCAACUUUUAUGUAUACUCAGCUUUUUAAGGAAAUUCUUCUUGAUCUGAAAUAUGAUCAGCAGUCUAUUAAGGACUUUAUUACUUUCUGUCGACAGAACAAUUCUGGAUCACCAAUCAAUAUUAAUCUAUUUGAAAAACAAUACCAAGCGAAAUCAGCUAUUUGGUGGUAUACUUACCCAUCAUUUAUUUGUUCUAUGCUCAACGAUGGUCUUCGCUUCAUGGAAGGUGAUACCAUUAUUAAUAUGGGCUUUUUUAUUCAUGAUCUUCACCAACAGAUCCGACAACUGUACCAACAACAGGUUAAUAGUUACCAUAGCAAACCAUUUUUAGUUUACCGUGGACAAGGUCUUAUGAAAUCAGACUUUGACAAACUUCAGGAAACAAAAGGUGGUCUAAUGUCAUUUAACAACUUCUUGUCCACCAGUAAAGAUAAACAAGUGUCCCUCGAAUAUGCUUUGUGUGCUUCGACAAAACCAGAUACGGUGGGCAUUCUCUUUAUAAUGUCCAUUGAUCCUUGUUUAAAAUCAACACCAUUUGCUUCCAUCAAAGAAGAUAGUUUUUUUAAGACAGAAAAAGAAAUUCUCUUCUCCAUGCACACCGUCUUUCGAGUGGGUGCAAUUAAACAAACAGAUAGUGAGAAUCAACUUUAUCGAGUUGAAUUACAAUUAACGUCUGGCGAUGAUCAACAACUGCGAUUACUUACUGAUCAGAUACGAGAAGGAGCUAGUGCUGGUACUGGAUGGGAGAGAUUGGGUGACUUAUUGCUUACAAUUGGUCAGUUUAAUAAAGCUGAGGAACUUUAUAAUAUAUUACUCGAACAGACAUCUGAGGUGGACAAAAAAGCUCUUUAUUAUAGUCAGCUUGGAUAUGCCAAAGAUAAGCAGGGUGAUUAUGAAAAGGCUAUUUGUUAUAACGAAAAAGCAAUUGACAUCCGACAAAACACUCUCCCUUCAAAUCAUCCUGAUUUGGCACACUCAUAUAACAACAUCGGCUUGGUGUAUCACUGCAUAGGAAAGUACUCAAAAGCACUUUCAUUUUUCGAAAAGGCACUUGAAAUUCGAGAAAAAACUCUUCCUCCAAAUCAUCCCGAUUUGGCAUGCUCAUAUAACAGCAUCGGCUUGGUGUAUCACCAGAUGGGAGAGUACUUGAAAACACUUUCAUAUUACGAAAAAGCACUUAAAUUUCGACAAAAUACACUUCCUUCAAAUCAUCCUGAUUUGGCACAGUCAUACAACAACAUCGGCCAUCUAUAUUGCAGCAUGGGAGAGUACUCCAAAGCACUUUCAUCUCUGGAAGAAGCACUUGAAAUUUGUCAAAAAACUCUUCCUCCAGAUCAUCCUGAUUUGGCUACUUCAUACUGCUCCAUCGGUAAUGUGUAUAACAGCAUGGGAGAGUACUCCAAAGCACUUUCAUUUUACGAAAAAGUACUUGAAAUCUUUCAAAAAACUCUUGCUUCAAACCAUCCUGAUCUCGCUACUUCAUAUAACAACAUCGGUAAUGUGUAUAACAGCAUGGGAGAGUACCCGAAAGCACUUUCAUUUUACGAAAAAGCGAUUGAAAUUAAACAAAAAACUCUUCCAUCAGAUCAUCCUUUAUUGGCUACUUCAUACAACAACAUUGGUUUGGUGUAUGCCAUCAUGGGAGAGUACCCGAAAGCACUUUCACUUUACGAAAAAGCACUUGAAAUCUUUCAAAAAGCUCUUUCUUCAAAUCAUCCUGAUCUCGCUACUUCAUACAUUAACAUUGGUAAUGUAUAUAAGGAGAUGGGAGAAUACUUGAAGGCACUUUCAUCUAUGGAAGAAGCACUUGGAAUUCGACAAAAAACCCUUCAUUCAGAUCAUCCUGAUUUGGCUACUGCAUACAACAACAUUGGUUUGGUGUAUGACAUCAUGGGAGAGUACGCGAAAGCACUUUCAUUUCACGAAAAAGCACUUGAAAUCUUUCAAAAAACUCUUCCUUCAAAUCGUCCUUCUUUAGUUUUAUCAUACAGCUGCAUCGGUAGUGUGUAUCGCCAGAUGAAGGAGCACUCGAAAGCGCUUUUAUGUCAUGAGAAAGCACUUGAAAUCUGUCAAAAAUCUCUUCCUUCAAAUCAUCUUUAUCUGGCUACUGCAUACAACAGCAUUGCUUUGGUGUAUGACAUCAUGGGAGAGUACUCGAAAGCACUUUCAUUUCACGAAAAAGCACUUGAAAUUCGAGAAAAAACGCUUCCUUCAAAUCAUCCUGAUUUGGCGCCGUCAUACAAUAACAUCGGUAUGAUGUAUGACAAUAUGAGAGACUAUUCGAAAGCGCUUUCAUAUUUUGAACGUGCUCUAGACAUAUUCCAGCGUGCAUUACCUUCAACUCAUCCUCAUAUAAAAAUUGUGAAGAACAAUAUUGAAAAUGUCAAAAAGAAAUUAUAA